GUAAUGGGUAAAGGAAAAGGAAGCUUUGGUAAGAGGAGGAACAAGACUCACACGCUUUGUGUGAGAUGUGGACGCCGCAGCUUUCAUCUUCAGAAGAGCAGAUGCGCUUCUUGCGGUUACCCUUCAGCCCGUAUUAGGAUAUAUAACUGGAGCGUGAAGGCCAUUAGAAGGAAGACGACCGGAACUGGUCGGAUGAGGUACCUCCGACAUAUGGCCCGUAGAUUCAAAAGUAAUUUCAGAGAAGGUACUCAAGUAGUUCCGAGAAGGAAUGGAGCUGCCAAAUAA